CUCCUUCCCAAGAUGGCGGCACUGCCACGUCCGCAGCGCGGCCCUGUGUGGGGACGAGGGCGGUGGAUGAGGCCGGGGCUGUGGGGGCUGUGGGGGCCGCAGGGGCUGGGCUCUGUGGGGUGGGAGGUCUCGGGGUAUGGGGACCCAUCGGGGCACCAUCAGAGCCGGGUUCGCCUCCCGGCCCACCCGUUGGUGAUGGAGCGCCGUCCCCGCGCAUGGCCGGUGGUGACGUCCCCGUCUCCUGCCUGGCGCCAGCGGUGGGGGGACACGGCGGCCCCUCCCCGGCACGGGGUCUCCCAGCCGUGGCCAUCACUCAGCGUUGGAGCCUUGGGGUGGUCUCGGGGCUGUCAGCAUCUGUUUGCGGUGAGGGGCCGCCCCACGUGGGGAGGGGGCGCGGGGGCGUCAGUCCAUCCCCCCGACUGUGCGGCUCCACCUGCACUGAGCGCUUCCGCCCCCGCCGCGGGCAGACGCCUUCCCACCAUGCUGAUGGGGUGCGGGGCACGGAUGGUCCGUCCCUGGGGCCUGCUGCAGGGUCUGCCCCAUGCCCCACAUGCUUGGGGUGCUGGCGCCCCACGGCAGCCCCAUGGCAGCCCCAUCGACGCAGCGCUGCCCAUGCGGUGCGGUGUUGGCGAUGGCCAUGGUGUCCUGGAGCUGUGGCUCAGCCGUGGGCCGCCUGUGCUGCACGCACGCAGUCCGGCUCCAUCCUCCUCCCAGCCCUUUGCUGCCCUGAUGCUCCCAUGGCCCCAUCCCCGUGUCCCUGUGGGAGGUGGCAGCCCCCUCCCCAAGCCCCCACCCCCAACAGCUGCGGGGCGGCCAACCCAGAGGCUGCUGCGUGCGAAGAGGAGACAUCAGCUGCCUCUGAUGGCCUCCGGGUCCCAUCCCCUCCGCGGGGAGUGCUGGGAGGCGGCGGGGCUGCGGCACAGCGCGGUGCUGGGAACAGGGCCGGGUUUGUGCUGCCUGGAGCCCUCGCUGACCCUGGGAGUGGGACCGCUGUGCCACUGGGUGAGACUGGGGGUCCCGGCUGCCGGGUCCCCCCUCGGCCUCAGGGCGCACUUAGAGCCACGGCAGGAGCUGCACAUGAGCCCACUGACGGCGUUUUGCGGUGCCGUGUGCUCUGUAGGAUCAGGAUGGGGGGUAUCCCUCCUCGCCCCCUCCCCGCAGCUCCCACAGAGCUCCCAUUCUGCUCUGCCCACGUCCCGGUCUGCGCUCAGUGCUGCCCAUGGGCUGUGCCGCUCCGGCAGCGCCCUGCGGGGUGGUCUCGGCCCCAUUCCCUGCCGAUGGCUGAACCAAAGGACGGGGCUGUGCUGUGCUCCCCCCCCAUCACUGCCGCUCGCCCCCCUCUGCCCACAGCCGCGCUUUCGCCCUUUGCGGCCACCCGGCGCAUCGGGCACCCCUACCAGAACCGCACGCCGCCCAAGCGGAAGAAGCCGCGCACCUCCUUCAGCCGCGUGCAGAUCUGCGAGCUGGAGAAGCGCUUCCACCGCCAGAAAUACCUGGCGUCGGCCGAGAGAGCCACCCUGGCCAAGGCCCUCAAGAUGACGGACGCGCAGGUCAAAACCUGGUUCCAGAACCGCCGCACCAAGUGGAGGAGGCAGACGGCGGAGGAGCGCGAGGCGGAGCGGCAGCAGGCCAACCGGCUGAUGCUGCACCUGCAGCAGGAGGCCUUCCAGAAGAGCCUGAGCCAGCCGCUGCCGCAGGACCCGCUCUGCAUGCACAACUCCUCGCUGUACGCCCUGCAGAACCUGCAGCCCUGGGCCGAGGACAAUAAGGUGACAUCCGUCUCAGGGGUGGCCUCCGUGGUCUGAGGGCGCUGCGUGGCGGAGGGGACCCCCUGAGCCCCUGAGGGCCCCGAACUGAUCAGGAGGCGGCAGUGGGCGGUUCAGCCUGGAGGGCUGCCAGGCGGCCCCGUCACCCCGCGGCAGGGAGGGGAGGGGGCUGCUGCUUCCCGGUGCCAUCCCGAGCGGCAGCCCCCUCCCCACACCGCAUCUGGGCCCCCUCACUGCCCUGGUGGAGCGGCAGCCCCGGGCAGAUGGACUCUGAGCUCUGCCCCCUCCCCCCCCCCCCCACCUCAUCCCACGUGCCUCUGCCAGCCCGGACCCUCUGGGGGGGCCGCCCACCCCGUGCAGCUCCUCGGGGUCCGAUCCCCCAUCAGCAGCUCCACGUGCUGCGGCAGCGCCUCAGCGCCCAUCCUGCCCAGAGAGGGCAGAGCCGGGGGUGGGGGUGGGAUCCCCGCGGACUCUCACAUUCCCGGUGCUGGAAACUCACUGCUGCCCCCGCUCGUUGUGGCGCGGCGUCUUAUCCCGAUGAGUCGGAGUUCUUCAGCUUUGGCUCCCAGCAGUGGGGUCCCGUCGCUGGCACAGCGUUCCCUGCACGCCGGACAGACGGAGUUUGUUGGCCACACGGGAGGGGCUCCCGGUGCUCCCGGUGCUCCCGGCCCCCGUCUGCAGCGCUGGGCCCGGACGAUGGGCGCAGGGUCGCCCCACGUGGCAGCGGGUGGCAGCGGCCCCCCCCAGAAGCUGCCCCCGGGGCCACCUCUGCCUCCUCCCCACGCUGCGUCUCAGUGUGGGACUGAACUUUUGGUCUGGCACAGUGCGGACGAUGCGGGCAGCGGCACUUCUGGGUCCCCCACUGUGUCCCAGCAGCGGGGUGCAGCCAGGCCAGGACUCGGGCAAUGCAGGGCUGGGCCACGGGACCCUCCCCAGCCAGCUCCGGCCGGGGGCCCGCUGCUAAUGGGGCUGAGGCCCCGACCCCAACCCUAAUCGUGACCCCGAUUUUGACCUUGACCUCCGGCUGACCCCAGCCCGGCCCCGCUGUCCGUGGUGCUGCCGGGACGCGACGGGGCGGACGGGAACGGAGGUCGUGCACCGGCACCCGCGGGGACGGCGGGGACCCCUGCCCGAACCGGGACCCCUCGAGGCGUACCGGGAGCCUGCGGUGCCGGCGGGACGCCGCCCGCCCCCGUCGGGUCUCGCGGCUCGUUGCGUUACGGACCGGGGGGGGCGGGCGG